AUGCAAAGAAGCGGAGAGAAGAGGAUAUCAUGCAAGCGAUGUCAGACGCGGAAGAUCAGAUGCUCCCGAACGACGCCCUGUCGUAGCUGUGCGACUGCCGGAGUCAAGUGCGAGUUCCGAUCGGAUGAUUGGAAGCGCGUUCCUGUCUCUCAAGAGUAUGUAACUGCGCUGGAAGCCAGGGUGGCCACUCUAGAGUCGUUCCUGUCAAGCAUCAAAUCGUCGACAGGCGAGCAGCGUGACGAGAUCAUACGCGGCAUAGACGUUGACGACCACUUACCCACCGGCGUCGAUCGCACACCGAGUAUUGUAGACGUCGAGACGUUCACGCCGCCAGGAUACUGGGGUGCCACGGCAGAAGGCUCUCCAGUCUUCCAUCGAGCCGGUAGUGCCUAUGGUACAGGACUGAUUCAACCAUAUCCAUCAUCCCAGCCGGUGUCCGAUGCGUGGUUACACAGCAGUAUCUCCAGUAUCCCUCGUCUUGUGAUAGACGAAUGCGUUGAUCUGUUCUUCCAAUGGCAGCGACCGUUUUGUCGGAUGCUGGAUAGAGACUCGAUCCCGUCACGCACCAGCGCCCUCUCCGAGCCCAUCUCUGGACUCGUACAUGCUGUCUGUGCUUUGGGAGCUCUUAUGUCUCACGACCAGAACAUCAAGCAUUUGGCGCCAUUGUUCAUUGCUGCCGCAGAAAACGCAGUCGCAGACUCGUUUGACACUCUUGAUGUGACCACUGCCCAGACAUUCCUGUUAUGCGCGGUGUUCGAAAGUGGAAGGGGAAACGCAUCGAAAGGCUGGAUGUAUUCAGGCGUCGCCCUCCGUGUGGCCGAAGCUCUUGGUAUCCACGAGGAUCACCUCCAACCUGUCUCGACAGGACCCUCAGGUACGCUGCCCGUUGACUUUGAGUCACGGCGGCGUAUGUCUCUAACCCUAGCUAUAUCCGAUAAGAUGUUGAGUCUCUUCUUCGGCCACACGCCGAUGAUGAAUCUAGCAGAAUACGACACGGACCCGAAGCAGAUUCAACCUGUCGUUGUUCCUGCGGCGUCUCCCGACGACGCAAUCGCCUACCAGAUUUCUCCACAGCCUGCGGCCUCGCAGAUAGCAAGUUACUCGUCUGAUGAUGACUCGACAGGCUUCUACAGUCUCUUGUUGCAGAAACAGGCCCAGCUCGCAACAAUCGCAGGAGACUUCCAAAACCACACCUAUCUCUCAAGAAGGAGGAGACCUUCCCGGCGGAGCGAGGUUGCAAAUGGCGCAGUCCACAACAAAUUGAACGCGCGUCUACUAGGCUGGUACAAUUCACUUCCCAGCGAAUUGCGGUGGAGCAGAUGGACCUCGAACAAUGAGCCCCUUGACCCAGGCGUGGCCACUACGCACGUUCUUUACCAUAUCGUGCGGCUCGUGUUGAACAGACCUCUGUUGGCUGUACACCACCAUUCGCCGCAUUUGCAGCUGGCUGCUGCCCGUCAAGCCUCGGACAUUUGCGUAGACUCUGUCGAGACCAUUGUUGGCAUCCUGCGCCGCUACAGAGCACAGCAUACUCUAAUGAACGCUCCGCUUGUGUUUGUGCAUGGAGUCAUCACUGCCGCCGACACGACACUAUUGAUAGAUUCCACGAAAUCGCAAAAUCACGAUACAGAUCUCAAGGACAAAGACAGUGUCCUCCCGUUCUUGGACGUGCUCUUAUCCGAGUUGUCCUACUCGUGGACCGUUGCCGGGCAUGCCAGGGAUGGUCUGCGGAAUCGUCUGCAGCAGAUGCACACUGCCACUCUCCAAAGGGACGACUACAAGUCAUUCAGCUCGCCGUCGACAUCGACUGAAUAUUCAUGUGAGUUCUCGGACCUCCAGUCGACUGAUUUGAGCACGUCGGAUUUCUCGCAUGGCGCAGUGCUACCACAGGACCCGCCGUGGCCUGGGGUCAAACCACAGCUGGAUCUAGAGAUCCUUGGAGCGACCGAGUUGGAGUUUGACCUCUCGAAUGUUUUCCAGUACGGUGGCGGAGUGUCGGAUAUGUACCCAUUUUGA